AUGUCCGACGACUCGAUCGGCUCCUCGCAGCGGGUCGCAGUGGAGCCGGAACACCACACUCCAGAUUUAAUGGACAACGAUCCACUGCUUGAGAACUUGAAGGCGUUGCACGAGGAGACGAGGUCGGAUGAUGAGGGUCAAGAAGACGAUGGGCAACCAGGAACUUCGGCUCCAAAAAAGAAAGAAGAACAGGAAGAAAUGGCAGAGCCGAUAGGUUACAGAACAAAAGAUGAAUACCAUGGAAAAUUUGCGUGGAUCUCCACAAUGGGAAAGCGAAUACCGUCCCUUCUUCUGAAUGGAGAACCAUAUAUGCCGAUCGAGUUUCUUCGAAAAGAACUAAGUGAACUGCAAUCAUUGAAUUCAGUCGAAAACUUCACCAGGUUUAUUGAAAUUAAAGGGAUCAUCCUGAGGAUGUGUAAUCCAGUCCAAUUUAAUGCAAUCAUGGAUAAAAGUGAUAUAUGCCGAAGUUUGAACCUGACUUCCAUCAACUUGAUUAGUCGAUCAGAUCUUGAAAGAAUCAUGGGUGAAAGUCGUACCGAGAGUUGCUUGACCAAGUCAGAGCACGAUAUCUGGAAUCCAGAAGAUCGUAUCCAUAUUGUUCAUAUUAACUUUGUCGACUAUCUCGAUGAUUGGCUAGAAAGUGAUGAUUUGGAUGAGGAUCCGAUGGAGAGUGGAGUUCAUGGUUACUGGUAUAAAAACCGUCCAACAAUGAGGUGUAUCAUUUGCCGAGAAUGCGAUAUGAAGUUCACUCCAAAUGACUUUAUAGUUCACCAUCAUUACCCAAAGAAAGAAGGAGGAGUGAUUCAUAUGGGUCUUAACUCCCAAAGAUGGUCAGAACUAAUUGAAGUUCAUAGUGAACAUAGAACAGAAGUCAACCUCGAUGCAUGGAAUAAGUUCAGAAUGAACUCGCAUAGAAUUGGAAAACGGGCAUAUGAUGAUGCAGAACCACAAGAGCCGAAGAAGGUUGCAAGAGAAAAGAAAAUCGUUGUGGAUGAUGAUGAUGAUUCAAUGGAAGAGGAUGAAGAUGAAGGAGAGGAGAUUCCUUCAGAGAAACCUCAACUUUCUGAUUUUCUUGGUCCAAAAGGACUGAAAGGUCUUGUUCCAAGGAACAAACUUGAGAAAACUAUUCUUAAUUGUCUCAAUAGAAUGGAUGAAGCAACACUUGAACUUCUUUUUCUCAAAACUCCAGAAGAGUAUUACACCUGGAUCAGAGAAUGUGAAUUCCGCCAAAAAGUUAUUGCACAACAAAAAGAAUGGGAAGCAAAGCAGAAAGAUCCAAAAUCACGCUUGAGGACUUCUGCAAACUUCAAUCCCAAUAUAGGAUCAUUCGAGAAUAUGCAUAUGCUACACAGUGCACCAAAAUCAACGCAAAAAGAAAUUAAACUAUUGGCAGAUAGAUUCUCAAGAUUACAGGAAGAAAUGAGCGGACAAAAUGUUUUUAAUGCUUGGGAAUUCAUGUUAAAAGAGAAAGAAUUGAUCGCAUCGUCUUCUACAGAUGCACUACGGGUACUCAGUAACAAACCUCUUCCUCCACCACCAAAACCAAAGGUUGUUACACCGAUUCUUCCAAUUAAGCCAACUCUUCCAACUCUUCCGAUCUCAUUAUCUAAUAUUAAUCUGGCCCAAGUUGCUCAACAACUCGUGGCAUCUGGAAUCAAGCUCCCACUCCCCCUUCCACUUCCACUUGUCUCUCCUGCUUCAUCUACGGUUCCAACUACAUCUGCUCCAACUCCAGCUCCUUCGAAACCAUUACCGGUACUUCCAUUUCCAACGAUGCCUCUCCCAGCUUUGCCGGUUAACACAAAUUACGAGAUUUUGAAACAACAACUGUCAUUGGCUCUCUCAAGUCCAUCCCUCUUCCCGAUCUUCUACCCAAAAAUUCCAACUUCUGCAUAUGAAAACUUGGUCAAUCUUCUGAAGACUACCGCAGUCAAAAAUUGA